AUCUUUAACAUGACCACGCAAGAGGAGCAUAACAACCGUGUGAGAUAUGCGUACAGACCCACAACAAUUGCAAAGGGCAACAAGGUCUUCCUACUUGUGGGAAACUCUUAUCAGAAAUAUGAUCCUUCAUCGAAGAAGUGGAUUAAAGUCUCACAGGGUCUUGAUUUGUUCGUGGGUGAGGCCACGCAAGAUAAAGUCAUCCAAUGGGGCAAACCCACCUUGCUUUUGCCACAGAUCGGCCUAUCUGCUAAACAACGUGGCGUGAAGGAAUUUCUAGGUGGUGGUGGCUCAGGCGUUGUGAUGGAGGAUGGCACGCUUGUGUUUCCUGUGAGGGCGAGGAGGACAGGAGACAACGAAGCUGUGCCCAUGAUCAUUUAUUCGAAGGACGACGGCAACAAUUGGACGCUUUCACAGGGGAUGCCCCCCCCGCGGUGCACUGACCCCCUCAUCGUUGAGUGGGAGCGGGGGCAGCUUGUCAUGAUUGCCAAAUGCAAUUCGCUCUCCAAGGUGUUCGAGUCGAGGGACAUGGGGGCAACGUGGACGGUGGCUGUCAGGACACUCACACGCGUGCAGCCCAUGUUGUUACCAGACUCUUCGCGAACAGCUGAGGGAGUGGGGUCCCUCACCACUGCGACCAUUGCUGGAAAGAAGGUCAUGCUGUACACUCAGAAAGGGAUUCCCCCUGGGGAGAAGACGCGAGCCACCGCGCUCUACCUUUGGGUCACUGACAACAACCGCACGUUUCACGUCGGGCCCAUUUCCAUGGACACUGCAGGGAAGUGGACGUCUGAGCACGCUGUGCUGUACUCUAACAAUGCGUUGCACCUUUUACAACAGAGGAUCAGUACAACGACCAUAGGUCUCUUUCUUGCUCCCCUAACAAAGCAGCUGAAGACGAUCACGUCCGUCUUGGAGACUUGGGCAAAACUGGACUCCUUCCUCUCCAACUCGUCUGUGCCCACGGCCGGUCUGAUUGGAUUCUUGUCGGAUGCAUCGGGUGAUGGAACUUGGAACGACGCGUACCGUUGCGUGAAUGCAACUGUGACGAAUGCAAAGAAGGUCGAAGAUGGCUUUGAGUUCACGGGGUCUGAGUCAUACGCCAUGUGGCCCGUGAACAUGUGGAAGUAUCACAACAUGUACAGCGUUGUGAAUUAUGAGUUUACGCUUGUGGCGACGGUGAAGAUUCAUCAGGUUCCGAACGAGAGCAUUCCUCUGCUGGGUGCGGGCCUGGAGGACAAUGAAAACACGACGUUUGUGGGGCUGUCGUACACCACAGAUAAGCGGUGGGUAACAGUCUUCAAUGGCACGACAACAACACACAACAGCACUUGGGAGCCGGGGAAGGAGUAUAAAGUGGCGCUCAUGCUGCAGUCCAACAAUGGCUUUGUGUACGUGGACGGCGUGCUAGUGGAGAGUUCCGACACACUACCAACCCGUGAGGCACGGAGGCAUGACAUCACUCACUUUUACCUUGGUGGUGGCGAAAAACAUCAGUGUGACAGUAAACGAUGUCUUUUUGUACAAUCACCCACUGAGUGA